CCUCGGACACAGCGGAUCACCGAUCACAGAAAGAGCCAAAGAUGUUGGUUCGGUCAUGUGAUCAGCUGUGUCCAAUCACAGCUGAUCACAUGGGACAUGUACACUGAUCAUCAGGGCACUGAUGAUCAGUGUGCCCUGAUGAUCAGUGUAGCCCCAGCAGUGUCACCUGUCAGUGUCCAUCAGUGCCAGCUGUCAGUGUCCAUCAGUGCCACAUCAAUGCCACAUAUCAGUGCCUACCAGUACACAUCAAUGCCACAUAUCAGUGCCCAUCUGAGCUGCCUUUCAGUGCCACCUAUCAGUGCGCGUCAGUGCCACCUAUCAGUGCCAUGUAUCAGUGCUGCCUUUCAGUGCCCAUCAGUGAUGCCUGUCAAUGCCCAUCAG